AUGGCGCGAGUCUGCGCCGAGUUGGGGAACGUUGGUAGUCUGCAGCAAAACUGGGCUAAGAAGGCUUUUGCUGGCUUGCGGGUGGCAUUUAUUCACUCCAGACCACCUUUCCCGCCCCGAUCCCGGGGAGCGCCCGCUGAUCUUUACCUCAGACCUGCACACGUAGCCGCAGGAUCCGGGCGGGACGUGGAGCCGGAGCUGGAGCGGGAGCCGGAGCCGGAGUGGAGCCUUAGCCCUUCACUGAGAUCCUUAACACCCACCAAAUGCAGAGAAAAUGACAUUAUACUCCUGAAAAAUUUAAACCACCAAAGCCCUGAGGAAGCAAAUAAGAGAGAGGACUCACCUUCAAGAGGGCGAUCACAUGCUCCUAGAUAUCACCCCCAGAGAGGACACUCAAAAACUGGAAACAACACUGAGGGUAAAAAUCAUGAUAAGAAACCAGACCAAAGAUCUUCUGGAUUAAAGCCUCGACAAAGCCCUUUAAACAGACAUCCUGUAAAUAAACAGAAAAAGUGCAAUGGUGGUUACAAGGCCCAAGAAGAGAAAAAUCGAGAUCAAUCAAAAUGGAACCAGUAUCCAUCGGGAGAACCGCGAGGUCAAUAUGAAGAAAAUCAAUACCAUUCAGAGAGAUCUAGAGGCUACUUAAAGAGAUCUCAUGGCCAAUCAGAGAGAUCUUAUAGCUACACAGAAAGAUCUCAUGGCCAACCAGAGCGAUUUUAUGGCCACUCAGGUAGAGAUCAUGGCCACAGGGAGAGAUAUUAUGGCCAAUCAGAGAGAUCUUAUGGCUAUUCUGAGGAUAUUAUGGUUACUCAGAGAGAUCUUAUGACUAUUCAAACAGAUCUCCUAUGCUAUCAGAGCAAUAUUAUGACCCACCAGAGAGGUCUCAUUUCCUCUCAGAGAGAUCUCAUGGUGGGCCAGAAAGGUAUUGUGACCAAUCAGGGAGAUAUCGACGACACUCACCAGACUUAUGCAAUGAAAAGACGAGAGGAAUACUUCCAGAAACAGAAGCAACAAAGAAAUAGUCAAAUGAAUUUGCACCGAAGAAUAAUACUAGAAAAUGAUAACAGCGUCAAUGAAAAUGAUCAGGGAUAUCAAAGAUCUAAGAGACGGAUUACAACUUUGUUCCUAAAUAAUGAAUAUAAUGCAACCAAGAGUACUGUACGCAAGCCCAGAGGAAUUUGCCUGAAAUUCAACUUUCAAGCAAUGGGUAAUCAGUAUCCGAGGUGGUCUCCAAAUAAAUCACUGAGAAGGCCAGGAUCAGAUGCUGCAGGCAUUCCUCUCCAGAGUUGUGGAGCUGACUACCAGGACUGGUGGUUAUGCCCCUAG